AUGACUCAAUCGAAUCAGCAGAUGACAACACAGGUGGAUCGAAUGUUAGAGUUUCUUGGUGUACCUCAGCACCAACGACCUCCUCCUAGAGAUUGGGUAAGAGAGAAUCAAGAGGCCAAUUUUGAAGAAGAUCUCACCAUUAACCAGAUCUCGCAAAACCAAGGGGGAGUAAUAGUACCCCCUAGGAUCGAACCACAAAUACAUAGGGAACCCAUGGUAUUAAUGGUGAAUAGAAACCAAAAUGUUGAUGAUAUUAUACGGCAAGUUCGACAUGACGACGUGGCAGCAGAUAAUAAUCUAGCAGUUAUAGUCGAAAGAAUUAUGGUUCGAAAUGGGGUAAAUUUUGGCCUUAGAAGGCCAAAUUAUACGUCACCUUUGUCAGAGUAUAUCUUACAGGCAGAAGCACCCCCUAAAACCAAAAUCCUCAAAUUCACCAAGUUUGCCGGGGAUACUACUGAGUCUACUAUGGAGUACGUGGCGAGAUAUUUAAUCGAGGCUGGAGAUAUGUCAAAUAAUGAAAGCCUUAGGAUAAUUUUUUUCCAAGUUCUCUCACAAAGAAUGCUUUCACAUGGUUCACUACUUUGCCCCAAAGUUCGAUACACACUUGGAACCAACUGGAAAGAAUGUUCCAUGAACAACUUUACACGGGGCAAACGAAGAUAA